CAAGUUAUUUAGCCAGAAAGAAAUAUAUCUAACCCAAAAUUUCCUUUAUAUAUGAAAGACCCAACAAGCCUCGCCUUGGUGAAGUUUUAAAUUAUAAAAGAAAAAAGAGCGAAAAAUAGUAAUACAAAAAAAGGACAGAGAGAGAGGAAGCAAUCGGAAUCGAUGGAGCGGCGUUCGAUCGAUCUGACGACGAUCUCCGGCAAGGGCAUCAAAUCCUUCGUCUUUCUCAAGUCCUCCCUCUAUGUGACCGUGUCCCUGGCCGGCGGCGGCCUGCAGGACCAGAAGCAGAAGAAGCAGCGCACGCCGGCCGACCGGACCGGCGGCGAGAACCCGGAGUGGGACCACCCGAUCCGGAUCGUUCUCGAGUCCCAGGACCAGGGCCUCGUCCUCCAAUUCGAUAUCAUGGCUCAGGGUUUCUUUGGAGACCGGCUUAUCGGCCGCGUCCGGGUUCCCGUCGCCGAUCUCUCCCCGGAGGACCCCGCCGGAGCCUUCCGCUCCGCCAGCUACCUCGUCCAGACCUCCGACAGGAAGCCCAACGGCGUCCUCAGCUUCUUGUACAAGAUGAACGGCGGCGAGGGGAGAAUUCAUAACCCGCCGCCGGCGUCUGCUGCCGGCAAUUCUCCUCCUAAGAUGGAGUAUUGCCCGCCGUCGGCUGCCGGUAAUUCUCCUCCUAAGAUGGAGUAUUGCCGGCCGUCGGCGUCGAUUAGCGGCUACUACCCUCCUCCGCCGGCGUCUGCUGCCGGCAAUUCUCCUCCUAAGAUGGAGUAUUGCCGGCCGUCGGCGUCGACUAGCGGCUAUUACCCUCCUCCGCCGGCUCCGGCACUCGUUGGAUACCCCCCGGCGCCGAAUCCCGCGAUCCAUUACCCGGCGCCGGAUACCGCGAUCCAUUACCCGGCGCCGGAUACCGCGAUCCAUUACCCGCCGCUGGAUCCCGCGAUCUAUUACCCGCCGCCGCCGGAGGAUCAGGGGUAUUAUCCGAGGCCGUAUCCGGCGACUGCAUAUCCAGCGGCCUCCGUCGGCGGUUAUUAUCCUCCGGUAUCUCCAGUACCAGUACACGUGGCCUAUUAUCCACCGCAGGAACCGUACGGUUAUCUGAUGGAGGGUCACCGUCAGGAGACGUACCGGUGCCACUGAGGGACACAAGAAACUUCGUCGCGAAGGAUGAGCAAUCGUGUGGCCCCUGCUUGCACCACGUGGCCAUGCACGCCCAUCAAAGCGCAUUGUGAAUAUUUGUGAUAGACCAAAUCGCAAAGAGAAACGCAUGAUGAAUGAUAUCUACAGUAAUUUGCCCCAAUGAUUCACAGCCAGCCGUGGCAAACGUGGUUCGUCUUGAUAGUGGGUGAUUGAUCAGGACCGUUGAGGCAUGGUUUUCCAUUGGUGUAAUAGAAUUGUUCUAACUUUAUGAUCACGUGGAGAAAUAAAUUAUCAUCAUGUCGAGAGAAAAAAAUUAUGAUUCGAUGGCAUGUCUUUUCUCCUUUUUUUUUUUUUUUUUUUUUUUUUUUUUUUUUUUUUUUUUUUUUUUUUUUUUUUGCGGCAUCUGAUCAUUGUCGUCCAUGUUGUACCCAUGGUUGUUUAAGAAGGUGCAUGUGACAUGGAUAAAUAACGUGGGUAAUUCAUCAUUAGUGACACCUUUUUAGUCUUUUUACACCCUAUUCUUGCCCUAAUUCAUCUUUUGUGUUCAAUAUGCAUAAUUUUUGUAAUGUGUUUUCUAUUAACAAAAUAAAACUCAGCCAUUGUAUGUGAUUGAGCCCAAAAAGUUGGGGCUUUA